AAUCGAUAAAAUAUUUAUGUCACUUUUGACAUUUGUCAACUGUAUGUUCGCUGUCAACCUAAGGUGAAAGAAUCGAGUUAUAUAAAAAAGAACUGGCAGGAAUUAAAAAUGCUUCGCUCUGUUGCUGCGCUGGUAAACAAAACAUCCAAAGUGCUGGUGUGCAACUCUGGAUACUCCAGUACUUUAUUUGUUAAUGGAGCUUUCGGACCUGCUAUUAACACGAUUGCACUGCGGCAACAGCAAACAAUGCCAGUAGUAGAUUCAAACAAUCCACUUCCGAAAAAAAGUGCGUCACCAUUUGGUAGAAAUCAGCCUAAUAUGGUGGAAUGGUCGAUUGCUCGUUUGGAUGAUCUUUUAAAUUGGGGCCGCAAAGGUUCAAUAUGGCCACUGACAUUCGGAUUGGCUUGCUGUGCUGUGGAAAUGAUGCAUAUUGCAGCUCCUCGUUAUGACAUGGAUCGAUAUGGUGUUGUAUUCCGUGCUUCUCCGCGCCAGGCAGACGUAAUAAUUGUUGCAGGGACCCUUACAAACAAAAUGGCACCUGCUCUUCGUAAAGUUUAUGAUCAAAUGCCUGAACCUCGGUGGGUUAUUUCAAUGGGUAGUUGCGCCAAUGGUGGUGGAUAUUAUCAUUAUUCGUAUUCAGUUGUGCGAGGUUGCGACCGUAUUAUACCAGUAGAUAUUUAUGUUCCGGGAUGUCCACCUACUGCUGAGGCACUUAUGUACGGCGUUCUUCAGUUACAGAAAAAAGUAAAACGAAUGAAAACAUUACAAAUGUGGUACAGAAAGUAGGUCUGUGAAACAUAAAAUUCAUUAUAGGCCUCAAUAUUUAAGAAAAUUCACAAGAUGUAUACAGUGGUAUGAGUACAAUUCUACGUAAUAUAUACUAUAUUAAUUAAUCUUGUGUGUGAUAUCAAAAAUAAAACCGAGUUUCAACUAAUGAA